AUGGCGAGAGAGAGCCUGGAAUCCAAAGAACGAAUUCAUGUUUGCCUUCGGGUCAAACCAAUUUUAGAGUUGGAAAAAGAACAUGAUACUCAGGGUUGUGUUUCUGUCGUUGACUCAACAAGUAUUAUAUUAAAAGCUCCUAAAGGCUCCAAGACAUUUCGCCUUAGUGAAAAAAACCUGCGGCAAUUGGUGCAGAAAUAUACUUUUUCCCAGGUAUUUGGGCCCAAAACAACACAAGAAGAACUCUUUGAUGGUGCUGUGAAGCAGCCUAUGUUGGAUUUCCUAAAGGGACACAGUCGACUAAUAUUCACUUACGGUGUUACAAAUGCUGGGAAAACACAUACCUACCUAGGUACAGAUGAAGAUAAAGGCAUUCUCCCCAGGAGUCUGGAUAUGUUAUUUCAAAGCAUUGAAAACAAACUGUAUCCAGAUAUGAAUCUCAAGCCCCAUCGAUGUAGAGAUUAUAGAAAUCUGUCUAAAGAAGAAGUCCGAGAAGAAAUAUCUCUAAAAAAUUCAUUGCUUCGCCUCCUGAAAGAGGUAGAUUGCAACAGCAACAGUAGUAGAACAACAGAUAAUUGUGAAGAUAAGAAAGAACCAGAAAAAGAAGCAGACCAGUCUGACUUCGAAGACCAGAGUGGUGUAAAAUUCUCAGUCUGGGUUUCUUUUUUUGAAAUUUACAAUGAGUGCAUUUAUGACUUAUUGCUUCCAAUAUCUAACGACAAGAAGAGAAAAAUGCUGCGCUUGGCCCUGGACAUAAAAGAGUAUUCCUAUGUAAAAGAUCUACAAUGGAUUCAAGUUUCAAACUCAAAAGAAGCUUAUAAACUCAUGAAAGUAGGCUUGAGACAUCAGAGCUAUGGUUCCACAAAACUGAAUGCCAACUCAAGUAGAAGCCACAGCAUAUUUACUGUGAAAAUGCUAAAAAUUGAUUCAGAAACCAUGCGUGUGUUGCAAGUCAAUGAAUUAUUUCUCUGUGAUCUUGCUGGCUCAGAGCGCUGCACGAGAACCUGCAAUAAAGGGGAAAGAUUAAAAGAGAGUGGAAACAUUAACACUUCAUUGCUUAUUCUAGGCAAAUGCAUCGGUGCCUUAAAAUCCAAUCAACAAACAAAGCUACAACAGCACAUUCCCUUUCGGGAAAGCAAGCUCACUCACUUCUUCCAAGGUUUCUUCAGCGGCAAAGGAAAGGUUUGCAUGAUAGUUAAUGUCAGCCAGAGUCCCUCAGCGUACGAUGAAACUCUCAACGUGCUCAAGUUCUCAGCAAUUGCUCAAAAGGUCAUGGUACUGGAUCCUGAGUCUCCCCAAGUAGAGAGAGUUGACCAGGUGUCCUCCAUCAAAACAGAGUCCGAAAGUAUCCUUGACGAUGGCAUGCGUUUACCCACGAAGAGAGCAACUAUAUUUUGGGAGGGGACUCUGGAAGAUGUGAUGGAAGAUGAAGAAGAGCUGGUGGAAGAUGGCAAUGAAGAACACCAGGGGGAUUGUUUGGCGGAUGACACACAUGCAAAGGAAGCUGACCCAACCGAUGAGACGGAAAGUCAACUCGAAGGCGAAGAUAGUGAUAUCAUUAUCAAAAAAGAAGAAUAUCAGAAGUUACUUUAUAUAAUUGAUGAAUUGAAGAAUAAGUUGAUAGAGGAAAAAAAAGCUAAGCUGUACACAGAGCUAAAAAUUCGCAAAGAAGUUACUCAAGAAUGUUUCCAGUACUUCUGUGCAAAGGAGAGUGACCUCAAGAAGAUCUUUAGCGAUAAAGAAGAAAUAAUGGCAACCACGUGUGAAGAGCGGAUGAUCAUUUACAAGGACCUGGUGAAGGACUGUAUUGCACUCCCAGAUGGCCAAGGAGGAGCAGAAGAGACGCUAAAAGAGGGUGAAAAAGCAGGAGGUGAAGGUGGAGAACCUGGAAGCGUGGCUGAUCUCCCCAGUAUGGUGGGGUCACUGCAGCAGAACGUUGCUGAUAUUAAGCAACAGGCAGAAAUGGCGUUCAACAUGCUUGAUGCUUUGGAAGAGCCUCAGCUGACCAUUGAGCGACUUGAAAAGCAGUUGGCUGACGUUACAGCGGAGCUGGCUCACACUCGAGAAGACCUUUGUAGCAAGAAUAAAGCAGCGGUAAUGCAAGGAGAUAAACUGAGUGAAUCUACUAAAGUCCUUCAAGAUGCUACUGAGAAAAUGGCUCUACAGAACAAACACAUUCAGGAGCUGAGUCAAGCUGUGAAAGAAAAGGACAAAGAAAUUAGUCAGCUACAAACUCUGGUUGCUCACUUGGAAACUACCAUAAAAGAUUCUGAGAUCACCAUUGCCACUAUAAAACAGCAAAUAGAACAAGAAAACUGCAGUGAAUCCAAGGAGAAAAACAUUGGCUCAAGAAGGAAACGGUAUUUAGAAAGGGAUGAAGAAGGCCCCCCUUCAAAGCAAGGAUUCAUUCACAGCAGUUCUAAAGAUGCCAUAGUCUCAGAGAAAGCUGAUGAAACACAACCCCAUCCUUUGAAGGAAAAGGGAGACAUGGUGGCCUUGGAGGAAAGAAAUAAAAUGCUAGAAGUUCAGGUGGCCUCACUUAAAGAAAAGUUAGAAAAAGAGAAAAAUGAGAAGGAGGGAUUUUCCAGUGAAAUUGCUCGAUUGUCUCAAGCUCUUUCUUCCGAAAAGGAAAGAGUUUCUGGCUUGAAAAGGGAGCUCCAGCAACAGCAGAUAAUUCAGGAGCAGGCAACACUUGAAUUAGCUAUGCUGAAAGAGAGAAAUAAAGGUCACGAGGAGAAAAUUCGGAUUCUGCUUCAAGAGAUAGGUGCUGCUAGCCAAAUAACUGUAGAAGAAAAAUCACAGGUAAAGACACUUGAAGCAGAACUGGGUUUAUUGAACAGGUUAGGGUCAGCUUGCCCUAUGGUAGAUGUUGUCUUGGCAAAUCAAGAAAAUAUAUCAAGAGACAAGCUUUUGCCAACUCCUGUUAACGCUGAUGAAAAGAGCUCGUUCCAUCGUAGCAUUGAAGGCAUCUGGAAAAUCAGCCAGGAGAUCAUUAAUGCCUCAUCCCAAAAAAGCAGUAGUAUUGCAGACCUCAUGCAACAGGUUGAGCAGUUACGGAUGAAAACUUCGGAGGCCGAUGAGGAGAAUUCUCAGCUGAAAUUGAAACUGAGAGAAACUAUAAGUCAGAGAGACGCAUUUGUGCAGGAGAAGACAUCCCUCCUUAAUCAGCUGAGGGACCUAGAGCAGAAAAAUACUUUUUAUGUUGAAAAAUAUAAGGAAGAGGAAAAUAGAGCGGUUGAGAAAAUAAAAACGAACGAGGACUUAUUAGAAGAGUGUAGGGCAAAAGAUGUCAGAAUAGUUUCUUUAGAACAAAUAGUGAAAGAUAAAGAGUCAGCCAUUUUAGUGAUGAAACAAUCCAUUCAAGACAUGGAGGAGAAGCUUGGCAUUUCGGAAGCUAAAAUCGGAAAAUUCAUGGAUCAGGAAUCACAACUGAGGGUGGAAGUUGUAGACCUGAAGAGACUGAAUGAAGUUGGAAGAGAAAAGUUAAAGCAAGUCACCAAAGAAUUGAAAGAAGAGCUAUCAAAGAGUACCGAUCUUUCUUCCCGCCUGCAAGCAGAAAUCCAGCAGAAAGAUGAAGAAUUUGCAGAUCUGAAGGAGAAGUUGGCUGAUAGCAAAAAGCAGAUUGAACAGGUUCAAAGACAGGUGGGCAGCAUGCGUGCUGAAGAGAAAUUGCUGCGGAGUAAAGUUAAUGAACUUGAGAAGGCCAAAGGCCAGCUAACUGAAGAGCUGGAUCUCAAGCAGCGGACAAUCCAGCAAUUUAAGAAGGACAAUCUAAGUAAGAAGCUGGAGGACUUGUUACAGCAGUACCAGAAUUCAUGUGAAGAUGUGCUUUGCAAAGAGAAGAUCAUUGACGACAUGAGACUGACCUUAGAGGAACAAGAACGGACUCAGUAUGAACAAGAUCAAAUUCUUCAGGCCACGCUAGCAGAGAAUGAAAGGUGUAAAGCAGAAUUGAAAGAAUGGGAAAAAAGAUACCAGGAGCUAAAGGAGCAGAAGAAUGAUAUGAGGCCACAAGACAUUAAUGAAGGCUGUGAAAAAGACGCCAACUUGCUUCACAAACAAUUAAAAGAAUUGCAAGAGAAAUUGGAGGAAUGCGAAGAACAGCAUGAAACAGAUCGUAGGAAGUGGCUGGCAGAAAAGACGCACCUUAUAACUCAGGCGAAAGUAGCGGAAACUCUCCGUAACAAGGAGAUGAAAAAAUUUGCUGGAAAUAAAGACUCUUAUGCCAAGCAACUCAAAGAAGCAGAAAAACGUGCGGCAGAAAAAGACAAUGAGCUUCAAAGAUGGCGAGUAGAAAGAGACCAAUUGGUGGCAGCUCUGGAAGUUCAGCUGAGUUCUCUAAUCUCAAGUAAUGUACAGAAAGAUAAAGAAAUGGAAGAACUGAAAAAGAUGGUACCGCAAUCUUCUGGGAAGGAGCACAAAACUAUCGCUGAAGGAUUGCGAGAUGAUGAUUCCAAGAAACUAACGGAGAUUGGAUCUGAGAAUAUUGCCUCUGCAGGGUCGAAUGGAGCCGAAAAAACUCAGGUGGAAGAAUCCAGUGACUCUAAUCAGCAUGCCCUAUCUUCCUGUGAUAAGAAUGAUCCCAGGCCAGGAUCACAGAGGAGGCGGGACCCUGGUUUUGCUGACAGAUGCCCAUCAUCGGCUUCAAGUCAGCAAGAAACAGUCAUCUCUGACCAUGCUGCAAGACUUAGGAUUCUUAAAGAAAAACAAACUAACUUAUCAAAUUGCAACACUACUGUAAAUGGCUCAUCACUGCAACAGUCCAGCAAGGUAUCUUCAGGAGAUAAUAUUCAGGACCAACCGGAUACUGUCUUAGAUUCUUAUGAGGGUGAUCAAAUUAGCCGCUUUCCAAAACCUGAAUUGGAAAUUCAGUUUUCACCUUUGCAGCCCACUAAGCUGGAAGUAAAGCAUCAAGGAAGUCCUUCCACAGUGACUCUUAAGGUCCCAAGGACAAGGAAAAGGAAGAGCUGCACUAUGGAUGAGGACUCCUUGAAAAAUGAAAAUGAAAAGAAUAUAAAAUUGCCAGCUAAUAUGAAUGUGUGGUCUGAUUCAUUAACGAGACAAGGAAAAAAGAUUGCUCCUCCUAACCCCACUCUCAGAAAGAAUUAUUCCUUAAGAAAUAAAUAUUCAUCAAAUAUACAAUCCAUGGCAUCCCCAGGUGGAACCCUAUACAAAUUUGGUAAUCUCUUGCAGAAUUCCCCUACAAUCAUACAAACUAAAGCAAAGAAGCUGAUGGCAACAAUGAAAUCUCCCAAAUCUACUGAUGAAGAAGCUGUUAAGAAAAAUGAUGACAAACCCAAGAAAGCUAAGCGGAAGCUCCACUCAACCAACAUUUCUGCUCCCGUUGAAUUUUCUGGUCCCGCAAUCUUUGAAGAUCAAAAGGAAACCCAUCAUGAAAUCAUCAAACGACGUCUCCGAAUGAAAAAAUAAUAAUAUUCUUUUCAUGGAUAAUAUGUAUAGAAGUUAUCAAUGCUGUAACUAUUACUUUUCAAAAUGUCGGAUUUUGUUGAUAUUGCUGUAAAAAUGAGCGGAGGGAAAUUAAAA